AUGUUGAAGGCACACCCAGCUCCCAAUCCAACUAUAUCAUUAUAUAUCUGGUAUCAUAAUAUUAUGCUUGGACGUGCAAAUCGGUCGAUGUGCGACGAUUGGUCACUGACGUCUAGGCGAUGGCGCUUCCGUUUCAUACCGCGCAGCUUUUCCUCAAUUCAGAUGAUGAGAGUAGAUAAGCCACCGUCUUCUUCGAAUGUGAGAAACGCAUAUUCCCCGUUCUUCGUGCAGUAUGCGACCAUUGCGAUUCUCUCCGUCUUGUGGGGCGGUACUGUAAUCCUUUGCGCCCACGCGACCGUGACUAGUGGACGCCACGCGAAAAGCAGUGCAGGACAGACUGUGUCUAACAUCGACAGAGAUGGACAUGGAAAUCAUUUCUGCCUUGGUCACGUGGCCUAUGGGGAGAGGUACCUUGAGCUGGGCACAGCGACAGCAAGCAAUAAACGUGAAUACGCAAGGCAGAAUCGGUACACAUUUGUUCCUAUCGGCGCACAAGAUUACGAGUGCCUGUUGAUCAAGUACUGCCCAUCAAUCGCCGCAGAGGCACGCCUCGCAGAUCCGAUCACAGGUGCCAAGUUUUGUGCAAUGAGAUAUGCUCUCGCAGAGCAAGGCUGUGAUUGGAUGCUGCUCACUGAUGUAGAUUCGGUUGUUAUCGACACGUCUGUUAGGAUCGAGGACCUCAUCGGAAGUGACGCAGCGCUCCUGCCCACCGGAGAUGCGAUCUCAGACGUCAUCUGGUUCGUCGACGGGUCCAUAGUCUCUAACGCGCAGGAAGAUACAGAGAAAGAGGCUCAUGCAACUGGAAUUGUAGCACCAUGUGGAGACGUGGCUCUCUUUGCCGCGAGCCUAAACAUGGGCGCCUUCCUAAUGCGCAGGUCCACCUUCACAUCUGACCUAUUGACCCACAAUGUCCUCGCACUGAGCUCCAUGGGAGCAUCUUUCCUGACCGAAUCUGACUGCAGCACCGCAGGCCUUGGUGCGACUGGAGAGGACCUAUGUGCGUCCAACUCGGGCGUUGAAGAAUGUAGCAUCGGCUGUAUCCAUCGUAUGCACCCUGAUUGGCUUGAGAAGGCUCAAUGUCUUUCCACAUUGCCAACUGAUGUCCCUGCGGUGCUUGCGACUUUUAACAUGGUCCCCCCUUACCUUUCCGGCCAAGCUGGUGGUGGCACUCUCCUCGCCAACUGCAUCGGGAGCGUUUCCCAACAAGACAAUAUGGACUGCAUCAAGUAUGCGCUUAAAUUGAGCCUAGGUGCCGUGGGAAACGUGGACAACACCGAUUUGUCAACAGCUGGGCGAGGAUCCAACCAGCAGGUUUAUCUCAAGUAUGAAUGA